AUGACUUCAAGAGGCAUCCCGCUCGAUGCGGCUGCUAUAAUGUCGACUGCACUGGAAGGUAUUCUAUAUGGGUUCUCCAUCCUCAUGUUUAUAGGUACCAUUUGGGCGCUGACCUACAAGCGUCGCCUGCGGGAGGUCAAUCGCCUAAUUGUUGCAGUGACCGUCAUGUUGUUAAUACUGAGCACAGCACACAUGGUCGUAGACAUCAUUCGCCUUGAAGAUGGAUUGGUAAAGUAUCGUGACACGUUUCCAGACGGGCCCGCGGCAUUCUUCGCGGACGUGUCCCAAAUUACAUAUGUGAUCAAGAAUGCGAUAUAUAUCUCGCACACUCUGCUUGGCGAUUGGGUUGUGAUAUACCGCUGUUACGUUGUUUGGCAAUCUGCCAGGAUCGUUAUUCUGCCAAGUAUACUGUGGUGCUGUAGUGCAUUGACUGGUUUUUCUGCAGUCUACAGCGUUUCGCAAGCCACUAGCAAUGCUGGAAAUAUCUUCACGAAGGCGACUGGACAGUCUUUCUUCGCUUUGACACUUUCGACCAAUCUAAUAAGUUCAGGUUUAUUGGCAUAUCGCAUCUGGAAGAUUGAGUGCAACGUCUCUGCAUUACGCACUUCAAACAGAACCUUAACGCCCAUAUUGCGGGUUCUCGUGGAUGCCGCCAUUUUGUACUCUGUGGUGCUCUUCCCCACACUCAUCUGUUUCGUCUGUUCGAACAAUGGGCAGUAUGUUAUGCUAGACAUGCUCGUGCCGAUCAUCUCAAUUGCUUUCUACAUGGUGCUCGUUCGCGUCGCGAUUAGUAAACACGCUCAAGAUUACGUCUUGACGACUUUCCAUAGAGGGACGACGACAGAACAAGAAACCUUGCCUCCUGUGAAACCUUUGCGGGUGCAUAUAUCCCGUAUUACUCAAAUUGACGAUACCUCGACUCACGACAUGGAGAGUGAGAACCUACAAUCGACAUGCAAGGUAUAUCCUGUUGAAGAGCAACCUUGUGCCGUGUAA